AUGGCAGAUCGUAAAAGCCACAUAAGAGAGAAAGGUCUAUGUUACGGCUGCCUAAAGUAUGGUCACAUGUCUAAGGCUUGUAGGCGACGAAGUACCUGUGACAUCUGCAAAGGACGACAUCCAUCUCUACUACAUGAAAACAGAAAUAGACCAGAACCAAAGAAGGAACUAGAGGUAGAUCCAAGACCCAAUGAAACUCAGUCGUCAUGGUCUCAUGCUUCAUUUAGCCAACACUCUGACGCUGGAUUGACCAUUACGAAGAGUACAAUGAUAGUUCCUGUCUGGCUUUCUCACUCAACCACAUCGGAUGAGCGAAUGAUCUAUGCAUUACUUGACACUCAAUCCGACACCACGUUCCUGCUAGAGAAAACCAAGAAUGAGAUGAAUUUGCAUGGAACUCCUGUAAGUCUCCUUCUUUCAACGAUGUCAGCUAUGGAUGAAAGAGUACCAAGUGAACGCAUUGAGGGUCUUUCUAUCAGGUCAUUUGAUGGAGAACAGAGGAUAGCUUUACCAUCAACCUAUACCAGACAGUUCAUACCAGCAAAUCAUGAUCACAUACCCACUCCAGAGAUGGCGACCAGUAUCCCUCACCUUUCCAAGAUUUCACAUAACCUAUUGCCCUUACAAGAUUGUGAAAUUGGUUUGUUAAUUGGGUACGACUGUGCUAGAGCCCUCAUACCAAGAGAUGUCAUUCCUCCUGAUCAUGAUAGGCCUAAUGGUCCAUAUGGCCUAAAGACAGACUUAGGAUGGAGCAUUGUGGGUACUGUGAAAGAAAUUGAACACAACUUUGAGGAUGAUCCAGUUGGUGUAAGUCAUCGAUUGACAGCCUGUGAGAUUCCUGCUGAGCUAAAAACAGGAAACAAGGAUGUGUUGUUUGCUCAUAACACAUCAGUCAAGGAAGAGAUCACCCCUGCAAGAGUGACAAGAUUGAUGGAAGCUGAUUUCCUUGAUACCAAGGCUGAAGGAGUGGCAUACUCACAAAAUGACGUCAAGUUUAUGAACAUUAUGAGAGAUGAGCUUCACAAAUUAGACGAUGGGCAUUAUGAAAUGCCUUUGCCAUUCAAGGAUGAGAAGCCAAAGUUGCCGAAUAACAGAGUUCUUGCGAAGGGACGACUUGAUCAUCUUGGAAGAAAGUUCAAGCAAAAUGAUGAGUAUCGCAAGAAGUACACCAAGGUAAUGGAAACUCUUCUGGAGAAGGGUUAUGCGGAACCAGCACCAGAUCAUAACACAGAUGGUAAAGUGUGGUAUAUCCCACACCAUGGGGUAGUUCAACCAAAUAAACUGAGAGUUGUAUUCGACUGCAGUGCGAAAUGCAAAGGAGAGUCGUUAAAUUCGCACCUACUCACAGGACCAGACUUGACGAAUAAAUUAGUCGGAGUACUCUGUCGCUUCAGACUGGAUCACAUCGCAUUCAUGUGUGACAUUCAAGAAAUGUUCCACCAGUUCAGAGUCAACUUGGAAGACAGAGAUUAUCUCAGAUUCCUCUGGUGGAAGGAUGGUAAUUACGACGAAGUACCAAAUGAAUUCAGGAUGAAAGUACAUCUAUUUGGAGCAGCCUCCUCACCGGGAUGUGCCAACUUUGGUCUCCGACAAACUGCUUCAGACCAUGCUGCUGAGUUCGGUGAAGAUGUAAGAGACUUCAUUCAUCAAGAAUUUUACGUGGACGAUGGUUUGAAGUCCUUGCCUACAGUACACCAAGCUGUAGAUCUGAUAUCCAGAACCAAGAAACUAUGUGAGAAGGGAGGUCUCCAUCUCCAUAAGCUUGUAUCUAAUUCAAGAGAGGUACUGCAAACGGUUCCAGAAGAAGAUAGAGCAAAGACCGUCAGAGAGAUUAAUCUGCUUCAUGACGACCUACCACUAGAGCGAGCUCUUGGAGUCCAGUGGUGUGUUGAAUCUGACUCGUUUAACUUCAGAAUCACACUUCAGGACAAGCCACUAACCAGACGAGGGAUACUUUCUACAGUUAUGUCUAUUUACGAUCCCUUAGGAUUGUUAGCACCAAUAGUGCUUACAGGAAAGAAGAUUCUCCAGGCACUCUGCAAGCUGUCCACAGACUGGGACGAUCCUCUUCCAGACGAUCUUCGAGUAAAGUGGGAAAAUUGGAGAAAGGACAUACUACAACUUGAAUCCAUCUCAAUCCCUAGGUGCUACAAACCUACUAACUUCAAGUCAAUAAAGUCAAUACAAUUUCACUACUUUACUGAUGCAAGUACCUCGGGAUAUGGUCAAUGUACUUACAUGAGACUAACUGAUGUAAACGAUAAAGUACAUUGUACAUUAGUAAUUGGAAAAAGCAGGGUGGCACCCUCGAAGUCUGUAACAGUACCUCGCCUGGAAUUGACUGCUGCUGUUGUCGCCGCUAAGGUUAAGAAAUUUCUGGAAGCAGAGCUUAAAUUUGAUGAUGCAGAACAUGUGUUCUGGACUGACAGCAGAGUCGUGCUUGGCUACAUAAAUAACACUGACAAACGCUUUCACGUAUUUGUAGCCAACAGGAUUCAACAGAUCCGGGACUUUUCCAGACCUUCAGAGUGGAAGUACAUUGAGUCAAAAAAUAACCCUGCUGAUGAAGCAUCCAGAGGUCUAACAGUUAAUCAGCUAAAUGACUCAAAAUGGCUACAUGGACCAAAAAUGCUAUGGGAACAGUCAAUUCCCACAUAUGAAGUUAAAGAGACAUUCGAUGUUCUUCCCAAUGACCCAGAGGUGAAAAGGUCUCAAGUACAUGUCUCUCAAUCCAGAGAAGAUGGGUUCGACUUGCACAGACUUCAACGUUUCUCUAGUUGGCUUGUAGCAAGGAAGGCUGUUGCAUAUUGCCUGAUAUUCAUCUCACGUUUGAAACAACGCUGCAGAGAGAGACAUGCCAAGAAAGCAAAGGACGAUCCAUUAACCAAGGCUAAUGUUGCAGUGCUGGAUCUCCAUCAAGCAGAGAUUGAAAUUCUGAAGCAUGUUCAAAGAGAAGCAUUUGGAGAUGAAAUCCAGAUUCUGAAAUCUAUCCAAAAUGAUCAGGGUCUUACUGAAAGAAAGAGGAAGCGUCAGAUAAAGAAAGCUAGCCGUCUCCAUGGUCUAGAUGCCUUCCUAGAUAAAUAUGAUAUCCUGAGGGUAGGAGGACGGAUUCGAAGAGGUGAUGAUUCGUACAUAAGGAAGCAUCCCGCAAUCCUUCCUCAAAGCCACCAUAUCACAGAAAUAAUUCUUCGUCAUUGCCAUGCAUUGACAGCACAUCAGGGUAGAGGCAUGACGCUAAAUCAAAUCAGAGAGAAUGGAUUCUGGGUUCUUGGAGGCAGUAAUCGAGUAUCAAAACUCAUACGGAAAUGUGUCAUAUGCCAGAAACUACGAAGUCCAACUCAAAUCCAAAAAAUGUCAGAUCUUCCUUCCGACAGAGUAACAGAGGCUCCACCAUUCACAUAUUGUGGGAUGGACUGUUUUGGACCUUGGAUGAUUAAGGAAGGUAGAAAGGAUUUGAAGAGAUACGGUCUUAUCUUCACAUGUAUGGCCUCUCGGGCGGUACACAUCGAGACACUCAACAGCUUGACUACUGACUCAUUCAUUCAAGCAUUUCGUCAUUUCACAGCUCUCCGAGGACCAGUUCAACAACUAAGAUGUGAUAGAGGGACAAACUUCGUCGGAGCGGAGGCAGAACUAAAAAGGGCCUGGCAUGAAAUGGAUCAUCAGAAGGUAAAGGACUGCCUUCUCAGUGACGGAUGUGAUUAUGUUCACUUUAUCUUCAACGUUCCCUCUGCCAGCCACAUGGGAGGAGUAUGGGAGCGGCAGAUACGCUCUAUUCGCAGUGUUCUAGAUACUCUCCUGUACCAAUCUGGAAGGCAGCUGGAUGAUGAAUCACUACGAACCUUGAUGUGUGAGGCUUCAGCUAUCAUCAACAGCAGACCAUUGACAGUAACUCAUCUCAAUGAUCCAACGUAUCCAGCACCUCUGACGCCAAACCACCUCAUAACAAUGAAGUCUAAAGUGUUCCUUCCUCCCCCAGGAAACUUCCAGAAUGCAGAUAUCUACUCGAGAAAGCGAUGGAGGAGAGUACAACACCUCAUUAAUGAAUUCUGGAGUAGAUGGAGAAAGGAGUUCCUUCAGAACCUUCAGGUCCGCCAGAAGUGGACACGCCCACAACGCGAAACUUGUGUUGGAGACAUUGUCAUUCUGAAGGACAACAAUACUCCAAGAAAUCAGUGGCCCCUAGCGCGUGUUGCCAAACUCCUGCCAUCUGAAGAUGGACACAUUCGCAAAGUGAAACUUACCUUGGGAGACCCCGGAAUAGGUAAUAGUGGUAAGCGUAAAGGUCCUCUUCAAGAAUUAGAGCGUCCUAUUCAUAAACUGGUGUUACUGUUACCGCAAGAAGACCAAUAG